UGCACGGGUACAGACGGAUCCCCCAUUUCAGAAAGGUGGAAUGGUCCAAUCAGAUACAUCCAACAUUGGUGUGUGCCGCAUAGUUUCAAGACGGGCACACGAGCAGCUGGUCAAGUUUGGAUUUCUGUGAAGCUCAGAGCUUUGCAUUUCUCUGAGGAAACUGUACAGUUCCGACCACCACACACAAAUGGAUAUUUUAGUGGCUAUUUUACCAGUUCUACUCACAAGUAAACCAGUUUUAGGUUUUGGGAUAGAUCCCAAGUUGCAAAUAGAUAUCAUCAAUGAACUGGACUUGGCCAAUGCAACUUUUGGAAUAACCCAGGUGGCAGGGCUUCACAACAACAGCAAAGCCUUCCUGUUUCGAGAUGUGGAGAGAGCCGUUCAUGCUCCGGCUCACAUCACAGAGAAAGUGGUUCAGCUUUUCAGGAAUAAAAGCGAAUUCACCUUCCUGGCCUCCAUCCAGCAAAAGUCCGCCACAUCAGGAAUCAUAUUCUCCAUCCAUGAAUCCGAACACAGUUAUUUUGAGAUGGAGAGCAGUGGCCUCCGGGAGGAGAUUCGCUACCGCUACCGCUUCAGAGGGAAGCCCCGCUCCGAGUCCUUCCCCUACAGGCUGGCCGACGGGCAGUGGCACAAGAUUGCUCUGUCCAUCAGCGCCUCCCACCUGCUGCUGCACAUCGACUGCAACAGGAUUUACGAGCGUGUGAUAGACCCUCCACAGAUGGACCUGACCCUGGGCAGCGGAGUGUGGCUGGGACAGCAUAGCCACAAACACGGCCUGUUCAAGGGUAUCAUUCAAGAUGUCAAAUUAAUCUUUACUCCAAAUGGAUACAUCACACAGUGUCCGAACUUGAAUCGCACCUGCCCAACUUGUAGUGAUUUCCUGAGCCUGGUGCAAGGGAUCAUGGAUCUGCAAGAGCUGCUGGCUAAAAUGACACUGAAGUUGAAUUACGCCGAAUCGAGACUCAACCAGCUGGAGGGCUGUCACUGUGAGAAGACCUGCAAGGUGAAUGGCAUGGUGUACCGGGACAGUGAGCAGUGGGUGGAGUCAGAGAACUGCAGAAACUGCACUUGUAAGAACGGCGUGGUCGAGUGCAGGAGGAUAUUCUGUCCCCCCGCCAACUGCUCGCCGGACACCCUCCCAGUGCACGUCAAGGGCGAGUGCUGCAGGAAGUGCAGGCCGAAAUGUAGGUACAUGGGCAAGAUAUUUUCAGAGGGACAGAGAAUUUUGACAAUGAGCUGUCGAGAAUGCAAGAAUGGGAUGAUGGUGAGAGUGAUGGAGAGUUGUCCAAACCUCAACUGUACGGUGAAGGAACAGAUUCUGCCAGAAAACAGAUGCUGCAACGUCUGCAGAGGCUACGACUUCUGCGCUGAGGGACUUAACUGCGGGGAAAACGCCGUAUGCAAAAACCGGAAUAACAAAGCGGCGUGCGAGUGCAAGAGCGGCUUCGCAUCCGUCCACGGAGACGCUACGUAUUGCGAAGAUAUUGAUGAGUGUGCGACUCAGAUGCACUACUGCCUCGCCAACACUGUUUGUGUGAACCUUCCUGGGGGCCAUCGCUGUGACUGCCUGCCCGGUUUCAUCCGUGUGGAUGACUUCUCCUGUACAGAGCACGACGAGUGUGCCAGCGACCAGCACUCCUGCAACAGCAACGCCAUCUGCACCAACACCGUCCGCGGGCACCUGUGCACCUGCAAACCGGGCUACGUGGGAAACGGGACCAUCUGCAGAGCAUUCUGUGAGGAGGGCUGCCGUAAUGGAGGAACUUGUAUAUCCCCCAACACCUGCCUGUGCCCCUCUGGCUUCACUGGGCGCCAUUGCGAGAAAGACAUUGACGAGUGUGCAGAGGGCCUCAUUCAGUGUCACAACCACUCGCGCUGCAUCAACCUGCCUGGCUGGUACCACUGCGAGUGCCAGAGUGGUUUCCAUGACAAUGGGUCCUACUUGCUCGACGGGGGUUCCUGUGUUGACAUUGACGAGUGCGCGACUCAGACCCACACCUGCUGGAACGAGUCCACCUGUGUGAACCUACAGGGAGGCUUCGACUGCUUGUGCCCCGCCGGGCCCACCUGCACCGGCGAGUGCCCCCAAGGGGAAGAAGUCAAGCACAACGGCCAGGUCUGGACCCUCCAGCAGGACCACUGCACCUACUGUUCCUGCAAGGACGGGAAGGUGCUCUGCAGGAGAAUGCCGUGUGACUGCGAGAGCCGCGGCGUGGACCUGUCCUGCUGCCCGGAGUGCGACGCCCAGCAGACCGGCCAGUGCCUGCACCAGAGCGGCCACACGCUCUACAGCAGCGGGGACAGCUGGAUCUACAGCUGCCAGAAGUGCCGAUGCCUGGAUGGAGAGGUGGACUGCUGGCCCCUGGCCUGCCCCAUCUUUCCCUGCGAGUACACCUCGGUGCCGGAAGGCGAGUGCUGCCCUCGCUGUGUAACGGACCCCUGCGUCGCCGACAACAUCGCCUACGACAUCAGGAAAACAUGCCUGGACACGUCCGGCAUCGAGCGCCUCAGCGGCUCCGUAUGGACCACGCCUGGGUCUCCGUGCACCACGUGCAAGUGCAAGAACGGGCAUAUCUGCUGCUCGGUGGAGAUAGAAUGUCUCCAGAACAACUAGAUGGAACUCUCAUGGAAUACCUCCUAAUACAGAACUGGAAUACUCAUCUGGUUUUAAGAAAUCCAACUCAUUUUUUUACACACCAGACUAUUGCCAAAGUCUCCACACCAGAAAAGUGACUGGAACUUCAUUCUCAAGGGAACCAGUUGUUCUGAAGACAGUUGAGAAUCCGUAAAAGGCCCAGGUGGACUGACUGUGAAGGAAGGAACAACCCUGGGUUCCAUCCUCACCCAUCCUCUGUAAAUGUCACAUUUCAGAUUUUCGUCUUAUCAUCUGAGGAGCAAAUUAAAACGAAGGGAACAGAACACUGAGCCACAUGUGUUACUGCGGACAGUACCUGUGAGCAUACUUUUUGUAAAUUAAUUUUCACAAACCAUAAUUUAUUUUACAUGCUGUAAAUAUAAUAACAUUCAUAUGAACAACCCCCCCCCCCUUCCCCGCCCAUCUCAGUUAUUAGUGUCGCCUGCUAUUUUGGUCUCAAGAGUGGGAAAACGGUACCAAUUCCGCCUCGAUUUUUAAGAGAAUCGUUAUCGUUAAGUCUGGUUUUAAAGAUAGCCCUACUAAAUUGCCAUUGUACUUAGCGAGUGAUUUGUUCAUCCCCGGCAAAAAAAAAGCAAUUAAGACACCUCUUGACAGAAACGAACGUAACCUUUGCUAAGACUUUUUUAAUACAUCAGCAGACAAGGUCGUGCCAAUGAAGGAUAACAAAUGAAAUGCGUGCACUGAUUCUUCCCAGAAGUGCUUUACUAAUUCUCAAUGCAGAGAGUGUUUAAGGGAUAGACAAGGCCCCUUGAUUUUCACAGAGCAUUAGCAUACCUCUGACAGUGUGACAGCAUGGCUACAGAAGAAUACAAUUAAAGAUAAGCCACACAGAUGGAGACUUUAUAUGCCAAUAGUUCAGGAGGAGGUCAGUCUUGUUUACUUAUUGGCAAGCUUAUUAAAUGGGAAGGGAAACUAGCUUCUGCCUUCUAGAUUCAUUCCAGAACACAGAACACACACUGUUUUUUUGCUGUUCUAAACUCUUUUGCUUAGUCAACCUAUUAUGUCUUGGGUUGAGAUUCAAGGGACAUAUUUGAGAAAACAAAGCUACAGGUGCUGUAGUGUGUGCCAUCUGUUUGUAUGUGCUUUAAAUCAGUCCAAUACAGCUGCUUCAGCUUAACCAACAAAGUAGACUGCUUUGAACAAUGAACAAUAUCCUUAAGAGGUGAUGUCAGGUUUAUAGGUCUUUUUUGUUUUUUUAACUCAACAUAAAAUCUGUAUUUAAUCUUUUUUUUUCCACACGUAUGGCAGUGGAUUGAUGCAGGAUACAUUUUCUGGAAAAUUGUAAGUUCUAUUUCAGUGCAAUUUAUUGGAUAAUAUCAUCUAAAAUUACUGUGAAUUACUUACAAUUAUGUAUGAAGCUAGAUAAUAUGGUUGCUGUUUGCCCAUUUUCUAUAGAAGCAAGCUUCUGAGCUGUACUGCACUAUAAAGAGAUUACCAUUUCAUCCUCAAACACCAUUUAGACAAACCAAACAAAACGUUUUUUAUAACAGAGGCUGUUCUACACUUCACAUCUUUGAACACAGUUUAAGAUGGAAAUAGCGUUUUUCUUUCUUAGUAACUGGUACAAGCAGCCUUUGUGUAAAAAAGCACAAGCAGAGUUGUCCUCUGAGAGUUUAAAUGGUUUUACCUUGACCAAUGUAUUCAAAAUCAGAGUUUUCCCGGGCUCAAAAUAGGGCUUGGGCAUUGACCUGCAGUUGGUUUGGCGUUACUGCCACUGUCAACUCAAUGCGUUGUGUCCCUGUUUUAACUACAUUUAGAAUGUAAAAGUUCUGUGAUGUCUUCAAGAGGCCACCACAAUGCAUUGAGAUAUAUGCUAUAAAAAAUGAAACGCGUGGCAAAAUAACAAUUUAGGUCACUGUAAUAUUUAUUGAAGGGUUACCCCUUGUAAGUGCCAGAAUUGGGGGGGCGGGGGGGGGAUAUGGCCUAUGCUGAAUGAUCAAGAAAUUGUAAGGGGUCAUUCUACAGGAAUAACGGUAUUUGGAAUUGCAGUAUUUAUUGCAUUGCAUUUUCAUUUUUGUUACUCUAAACCUGAGGUGUAAUAUUUUUAAAAUUGCAUUCACCUUUUAACUGGAUAAAUCCACAGAAAUGCCAUCGAAAUGUAUUUAAAUUAAUUUUAUACAUUCACUCGAAGAAUUUUUGCACCAUCCCUUUUGUCUUUGGUGUUCCUUGUACCUUGAAACAACAUUAUAAAAGGUUUUUCAGAAUUUUAUUUCUCAGUCCAGUCUGCACAUAAAAAAACAGUGUAGUUUAAUCAGUGUUUCCCACACAUAGGUUUUUAAACCCAAAUAAACGAAUGGCAGCCCAAAUACACUUGGAGACCCAUUUUUACAAUUUUCUUUUUUUCAUCCAUCCAAGAAAAUGACACCACCCUCAGUCGAUUAACUAGCAAUCUCCCUUCACUCUACUCCUCUCGUCCAAUGUUCAUUAUGUUUGCAUUAGCUAAGGUUAGACUACUAAAUUUUCAUGCGUUUCCUCAUCAGAUAUGAUAGAGGGGAAGUAGCAGGUAACCCAAUAAAUAGAUGUUAAAGGUGACACGUAGACCAUUUGUCAUUUGUUUGUCAUAUCUGUUAUAUAUAUAUAUGUAACAUAUGUAAUAUAUUUAAUUAAUUUAUUUUAACAUAGGCAAUGGACCAUUUUGUGGCGAUGGGUCCCAGACUGGUGCCACAGAUCUGUGGGAAACAUUGGGUUAAUGAUCAUAGUAGAAUCCACUUAAUUGCCAAAUCUCAAACCAUUUCCCGUUCAUUCCAUUGUAAAAAGAUAUACCAUAUACCAAUAUAUUUGCAUGUGCCAUUAUAUUUUGGGAUAUUUUCAUGGAAUUAUGUCCAAUUACAUUGCAUAACGAUCUCUAAAUAUAAGUUAAAAGUCGGCAGUCGGCCUCAUAAAUAAACCAACAGUUGCUCUAUCAUGACACAAACCACCAAAAUUUACAGCUGCCGGAUACUCUUGAAAAUAGCAGACCCCUGAGUGGCACGCACAGUUGUCUGCAGUUGUCUCUCUGUCUACUGCCUCAUUCUUUAAUGCAAUUAAGCAGAUUCUACUGAAGGUAAUUUAGAGUGUCUAAGAUUGUACAGUACGUAAACUUCAAAGCAGUUAAAACUUUAAAAAUGCAAAAUGCAGUAUUAUUCAUGACCAAAUUGUACCAGUAAAUGCUCGGACCAUUUCUAAUUGUUUUACGCUUUAUUUUUCUUAUGCAGUCCCUCCCAUUGGCAGCUUGAAAAAACAGUUAUGCAGCCCACAUAAGACGUUUCAGUGUGGAAUCAUUAAAUUAACAGAAUCAUUCCAUCAGUGAAAGUGAAUGACUUCACUGCUGAAGCUAGCCAUCAAAAUCAAAAGGGUCAGAUUUGCUUUUUUUUAUUGAUUUUAUAUUAAAUUGCUUCAGAAUAACACCAUGUUAAAUGUCACUGUAAUGUAUUUUAAUUAAAUUUGAAUUUUUCUUUGUUGUUGUUGUAGUUUAUGUUUGUUGCUAGUACUAUGUAAAGCAGGGCCCAUGUAAAGAAAAAGGGUAUGAGAAUACGUGUUACACAUUCUUAGGUCUAAAGAUGCCUAAAUGUGGUGAAAUUAAACCUUUUUAAAAUAAUUUUUAUUGCCUUAACCCUUGGAAUAUGUUUCUUUGAAUACAUGUAUAUACAGAAAGAGACGCACACGGACACAAUUGCUCAUCCUCAUUUCAACAACUGAACUGAAAAUGCAAAAUCGACAUUAUUGAAUUCAAUAUUGACAUUUUUUUCCAGGGCACAUAUUUUGGGCACCUUCUAUCUAAGUACAAAUGUGGAACCGUCACAUGAGUCCAUGGCAAUUUGCCUUCCUUUGACAGACAGGUAUAUUUUUUAAUCUCAUUAUCUAAAUAUCCCACAGUAAAGUGGUAAAGUGGUCUGCAAAGCUACAGGGAAGCAGUUGAAGGAGAUGGUUAUUGACAUGCUUUAAAAAAUAACAUGUAAAUAUGUGCAGGGAGUAUCUCAUUGUUUGAAAGUCUAAAUCUGUAUAAAUUUAUAUUAUUUAAGCUGUGUGAUUAUUCUGUACUAUGUGAUAUAAGGUUUUCUGUAAUUUCCACCAAAAUGUCCAACUAUAAAGAACUGCAUUACCAGAAUAAAAUACAAGACAAACCAAUGUUGUGUCAACUAAGUUCAUAAUUCAAUUUUAUGUUUAUGGCAGGUGAUCUUUUCCAUACUAGGGUUCCAUGUUAUUAGAUAUUUGCUCAUUGAUGCCUCAAUGAGUCAGCUAGGCCUAUAAUGUACAUUACUACUGUUUUUGAAUUAAAUUCAUCACCAUGCAGUACUUGUACUUAAAGGGUUAAGUGUCAGUUGACUUGAAGACUGUGUUGUGAUAGUUCUCUGUAACUUCUUAAGUUAAUAAAUAUUUCAUUUGGUUACUUUAA